AUGGGGAACAGUUUACCAGGUGUCGGAGGAGGGAAGAAGAAGGCCAAAGUGAUGAAGAUCGACGGCGAAAUCUUCAAAUUACAAACACCCAUUAAAGUUUUUGAAGUGAUUAAGGAUUACUCCGGUCAUGUUCUAUUGGAAUCGAAGGCUGUUAAGAGAUAUGGGAUCAGAGCUACUCCUCUUGAUCUAGAGGAAAAUCUUGAACCUGGGAAGAUUUAUUUCCUGGUUGAGUUACCUAAACUGCCGGAGACGGCGGAGAAGACGGUGGCGAUUAGAAGGGUGCGGUCUGGGUUAAACGUGACGGCGAAGGAGAGGUUGGAGCUUAUGAGGGUGUCACGGAGGUCUGUGUCGGAGGUUUCGAUGGUUAGGGCGGAAAGUGGUGGUGGGUUGGAAGCGUGUGGUUCUGUGCGGGUGAAGGUGAGGUUGCCGAAGGCGGAGGUGGAUAGGUUGAUCGGAGAAAGUAGAGAUGAAGUGGAGGUGGCGGAGAGGAUUGUUGAUCUUUAUGUGCAGAAGAAGAGCGGUGAUGAUGGCCGGCGGUUGAUUAGGGAGAAGAUGACGGUUGGAUAG